AUUCUACAAGAAGCAAAGCAUCAGCUUUGAGUUCUCUAGAAAUGUUCUUGGAAGAACUUUAAUUAAAGAUCAAUAAGGAAAGGAAUGUGACAUUCAGUAUGCAGGAGCAAUAUAUCUCUUUUUCGCUUGACAAAAAUUGUCUCAAAUUUUCAUCACUAGGAUCUUCACCUUGCCUUACCACUGUAGAAAAGAGAAAUGUCAUCAACAACAAGUGGAAGUCCAAGGGAAAGAGGACAGCCCUCCUUCCAUGGCUGUGCUUGGCGGAUGGUGUGCCUUCCCAGAAGCAUAUUGGGGAGCUUCUCAAGAGCAUUUGGUAGAAGAAGCCAAGACCAAACACCAAACUUCCAACUGCAAGAUCCACGACCACCACAAGCACCGCUCAUCCUUCACGAAGAGUGGGCUUUUCUAUCUAGCAUUGAGCAGCAAUAUGGUUCUGCCCAUCCCAUUUUCUAUGCAUGUAAAUUCAUGGAGGCCUUAAAGUUAGCAGAGGAUGAGCACAAGUUCGUGUUUAUGUAUCUCCACUCCCCGGAACACCCAUUCACUCCCUCUUUCUGCACAGAGACACUGUGUUCAGAGCUGGUAAUACAGUUUCUUGAUGCAAACUUUGUAUCAUGGGGAGCACUGGCAGAUAGGGAAGAGGGUCUGCAAAUGGUUGCAACUCUGCGCCCAACUACCUACCCUUUCUGUGCACUGAUAGCUCCUGCUCCUGGCAAUAACAUAGCAGUCCUGCGACAGAUAGAGGGUCCAAUUGGCCCAGCUGAGCUGGUGGAGAUACUCCAGAGGACAAUUGAGGAGAAAGGGCUGGCUUUUGGUAAUAAAACAAAUAAGGAGGAAGAAAGGAGAAGAGCAAAAAUCAAAGAGGAAGAGAAAGUAAGAGGGGAUCGCCAGUUAAGAGAAGAACAAGAUGCAGCAUAUUUUUCUGCCCUACAGAUAGACGAGGAAAAUGAAAAGCUGAGGAGUGGAAGGGUUCAACCAGCGGAUGCUUCUAAUAAAACAAACCAUGAGAAGCUGAGGCAAACUCCUGCACAAAAACUUGGUAAACCAUAUCAGCCUUCCACUGUUAGACAAACUCAGAACCAAGUAACUUCUACUCAAGGAAAAGAUCCUCAGACUACUCAGCUAUUGAUUCGAUUUCCGAAUGGUGAAAGAAGGGAACAGAGCUUUUCUUGCACAGAUAAGAUACAGUCAGUUUACAGAUACAUUGAUUCAUUAGGAUUGCCUGGCAUUGGCAACUAUAGACUGGUAUCCGGCUACCCCAGAAAAGUCUAUGAUGCUGAUCAAAUGGGAAUGACUCUCAAGGAUGCCGGUCUCCAUCCUAGAGCAAGCCUGUUUUUGGAGCUUCUGUGACAUGGUUCUCUUGUCAUCUGAAUUCAGAAACUUGAUGUAAAACCAAAAGCUUACAUACUCAUAUUCUAUAUAUAUAUAUAUAGAUAUAAAUAUAUAUCAUCACUUCCU